CGCGUCGGUGAUCUGUCAGCAGCAACCGAACAUGCGAGUCGCUCGCGAUUAGUUUCUAAUGUGUUUUAUGAGAAAACAUUCAAAAUGUCGAAAAUGGCAGAACAAUCAUUGAAUAUUAGAUUAGUUCAAGAAGUGGAAAAAUACCCCUAUCUAUAUGACUAUACAUUAAAUGAAUAUUCGCGCAAAGACAUAACCGAAAAGUCUUGGAAUGCUAUUGGAAAGGAACUAAAUUUAUCAGGGACCGAAUGCAAGGAGAAGUGGAAAAACUCGAGAACAGUAUUUGUGAGACAUAUGAAACCAGCUCCAAGUGGCUCUUCAGCUAAAUUAAAAAAGGCUUAUUAUCUAACAGCUACGAUGCAGUUUGCUUUACCAUAUAUAAAAGCUUUAAAUUCCGCGACUUCAGGGAAUUUGCCAAAACAAUCGGAAGAAGAAGUUCAUGAUGAUCAUGAAGAAGAAGAGUCGGAUGAUUCCCAGACAACACUUCCACGGACAAAUUCUGUGUCCCUGUCAGCACCAUCCCCACAAUCAAAUUCAUUGCAAUUACCAUCUCCUCACUCGUAUGCUUUGCCAUCUGAGCCUCCACAAUCAUCAAUUCAUAAAAAAAAAUCAUCUUCAAAGCGCAGAGAUAAUAAACAAUCAAAAGAUAAUGUGGAUGAAAGCUUUGAUGAAUAUUUAAAAGCAAAAAAAAAACUUGAUGCCAAUAUGGAUCCGCUGCAGGAGGCCAAUAAAAUGUUUUUACUGAGCCUACUGCCUGAUUUGAAGGAGAUGUCUUCCCACCAAACAAGAAUGUUUAAGCGAAAAGUAAUGGAUUUAAUUGAUGAUAUAGUGCAUAGUACGCCAAAGAUUUUGAGCCCAAAUUCAAAUAUAUCGACAGGGUCUGAAGUCUCGGCAGAGUUGCAACCUACAACCUCAACAAUUCAAACAGAACAAGAAAAUAUCUUGACCCCCCUACAUAUUGCAACACAUAAUCCACAGAGAGCCUCGUCUUAUUAUGAAAUUGUGGGAAAUAUGUUCAAUAAUAAUAAUUUUUAAUUUAGUAAAUAACAUUUAUUUAUAAUUCUUUAGUUUUUAUAUUAAAGAAAAUAAAUUUGUUUUUCUUA